AUUAACAAUCUGUUAUGGCCAUUAUAUUGUAUACGUGAUACGACGUCAUACUCGUAUAUAACGUGAAAAACAAUAAAGUUUGCGUGAAAAGGGAAAUCAUAGUGAGAGCGUGUUGUGUGUCAAACUGUUCUUCGAGAGGAAAUAUGCCAACUCACACAUUUCCGAAGGAUUUGGAACGCCGCAACAAAUGGUUUCAUAAUUUGCAUAUGAAACCUCCAUGCGAAGAAAGCGAAAUAAAAAAAUUGAGAGUAUGCUACAAGCACUUUUGUGAGGAUAAUUAUAGUGACUCAUCAUCAAGACGAAUAUUAUUGCAUUAUGCAAUUCCAUCUGUAAAUUUGCCACAUCAGGAAUUAAGCAGCCAAGAACAGCAUGAACAAAACAUUCCAAAAUCGCAUACAGAGCAAAAUAAAGAACAACAUGAAGACGCGGAAGCAUUAUCACACAAUGAAAGCAUUCUUUUACAACAAGAAAAACAGCAAAUAACAUUAAAUGAACAACAGGUCAAAUUACGACAAGGAAAUUGUACAUAAACAACAAGAGGAAAUUGAAAAUAUAAAAAAGAUGUUACAAAAGAGGCCAUAUGUUGCAAGACCAAAUCUUGAAGAAGUCACUCGUAAAAACUUAUUAAGUCCAAAAGAGAGGAAAUUAUAUGACAAAAUAGUUAAAAUGAGAAAAGAUAAAAGACGGCUAAAGAGACUGCUGAUGCAAGAAAGUAAAUAUAGAAAAAUCAAUAACACUGCAUACAAUUGAUUCCACAGGUAAUGCUGAUAAGCAUGAACAACAUGUGAGGCAGCAGUUCAUAAAUAUGAUUAUUAGAAACAAUGAUGUGGCACCACAGGUAAAUUUCCAAAUCCAAUAAAAGUUGACUAACAAUUCCAUAACAAUUUUUUGUAAUACACAUUUAUCUAUUUUGUAUAAAAAUAUUCAAUU